AUGAUAAAUUUUAUGAGUGGUGAUGUACAGAAAAAAUAUUUAGGUCCUUUAGUAUGUGAUAAUUUAAGACCUUAUCACACGGUAGUAAAUGUUCCAUAUUUUUGCAUUCCCAAGGACUUUAUUAAAUCUUGGCAAACAUCUGUUACCAACCCUCGUGAAAAACUCAAGCCCAUAAUGAUUUAUAACAAAUCCCUCCUUUGCCAAGAUCACAAUGAAUUGUUAUUUGAGCCAACAUCUAAUUUUGUCGCAACAGAGCAGACUGUAUCAGUGAUAAUAACUAAAGAAGAAUGGUUAAAUCUGUUAGAUUUUUAUCGAGCUGAUUGUGGAGUAUUUGCCUAUUUUGAUAAAUAUGGAAUAUUUAAAAAUUCCAUACCAAAAGUGUGUGGGAUAUGUAAUCCGGGCAAAGUAAGAAAGUUUGGGGAUUACAUUGGAUUAUAUGGAUUACAUCAAUACAAAUUUAACCAAAAACGUUGCUGUAGUAGGAACUGA